GCUCGCACCCGCCGCGGUACCGGGGCAUAGGGGACUGCGUGCAGCAGACCGUGCGAAGCCAUGGCGUCCUGGGCCUUUACCGCGGCCUCAGCUCCCUGCUCUAUGGAUCCAUCCCCAAGGCGGCGGUCAGGUUCGGAAUGUUCGAGUUCCUCAGCAACCACAUGCGGGAUGCCCAGGGACGGCUGGACAGCACGCGCGGGCUGCUGUGUGGCCUGGGCGCCGGCGUGGCAGAGGCGGUGGUGGUCGUGUGCCCCAUGGAGACCAUCAAGGUGAAGUUCAUCCAUGACCAGACGUCCCCCAACCCCAAGUACAGAGGCUUCUUCCACGGGGUCCGGGAGAUCGUGCGGGAACAAGGACUGAAGGGCACGUACCAGGGGCUCACGGCCACUGUGCUGAAGCAGGGCUCCAACCAAGCCAUCCGCUUCUUCGUCAUGACCUCCCUGCGCAACUGGUACAGAGGGGACAACCCCAACAAGCCCAUGAACCCGCUGAUCACGGGGGUCUUCGGAGCCAUCGCGGGUGCAGCCAGCGUCUUCGGGAACACUCCUCUAGACGUGAUCAAGACCCGGAUGCAGGGCCUGGAGGCACACAAGUACCGGAACACGUGGGACUGCGGCCUGCAGAUCCUGAGAAAUGAAGGACUCAAGGCAUUCUACAAGGGCACAGUCCCCCGCCUGGGUCGGGUCUGCCUGGACGUGGCCAUUGUGUUUGUCAUCUACGACGAGGUCGUGAAGCUACUCAACAAAGUGUGGAAGACGGACUGAGCCCGGGGCCCGGCGGGGCUGCCCACGCCAGGCCGGCUCCCGCCACCCUCCUCCCAC